GCAAAAUGGCUGCUCAAGUUACUUUGGAGGAUGCUUUGUCCAAUGUGGAUCUCUUGGAAGAAUUACCAUUACCAGAUCAGCAACCAUGCAUAGAACCCCCUCCAUCAUCUCUGCUUUACCAGCCAAACUUCAACACUAAUUUUGAAGAUAGAAAUGCAUUUGUUACAGGCAUUGCAAGAUACAUUGAGCAAGCUUGUGUCCAUUCUAGCAUGAAUGAAAUGCUGGAAGAGGGCCAAGAGUAUGCUGUCAUGCUGUAUACAUGGAGAAGUUGCUCAAGAGCCAUUCCUCAGGUCAAAUGCAAUGAACAGCCUAACAGAGUAGAAAUAUAUGAGAAAACCGUGGACGUUCUGGAGCCAGAGGUCACAAAACUGAUGAAUUUUAUGUACUUUCAGAGAAAUGCAAUUGAACGGUUCUGUGGAGAGGUGAGACGUUUAUGUCAUGCAGAGAGGAGGAAAGACUUUGUGUCCGAAGCAUAUCUCAUCACACUGGGCAAAUUCAUCAACAUGUUUGCAGUACUGGAUGAGCUGAAAAAUAUGAAAUGCAGCGUGAAGAACGACCACUCUGCCUACAAGCGUGCUGCGCAGUUUCUGCGUAAAAUGGCUGAUCCUCAGUCCAUCCAGGAAUCCCAGAACCUUUCCAUGUUCCUUGCUAAUCACAACAAGAUAACACAAUCUUUACAGCAACAGCUUGAAGUGAUUGCUGGGUAUGAAGAGCUGCUUGCAGAUAUUGUGAAUUUGUGUGUGGACUACUAUGAAAAUAAAAUGUAUCUAACACCCAAUGAGAAACACAUGCUUCUAAAAGUAAUGGGUUUUGGAUUGUACCUGAUGGAUGGAAGUGUUAGCAACAUCUAUAAACUAGAUGCAAAGAAAAGGAUAAACUUGACCAAGAUAGACAAGUUUUUUAAGCAGCUGCAAGUGGUUCCACUGUUUGGUGACAUGCAGAUUGAACUGGCAAGAUACAUUAAGACCAGUGCCCAUUAUGAGGAAAACAAAUCCAGAUGGACAUGCACUUCUUCCAGCAGCAGCCCCCAGUAUAAUAUCUGUGAGCAGAUGAUCCAGAUCAGAGAGGACCAUAUGCGCUUUAUUUCAGAGCUGGCUCGUUACAGCAAUAGCGAGGUGGUAACUGGAUCUGGACGUCAAGAAGCUCAGAAAACAGAUGCGGAGUAUCGGAAACUAUUUGAUCUUUCCCUCCAGGGGCUGCAGCUCCUAUCUCAAUGGAGUGCGCAUGUUAUGGAAGUGUAUUCAUGGAAGCUAGUGCAUCCAACUGACAAAUACUCAAAUAAAGAUUGCCCUGACAAUGCAGAAGAGUAUGAAAGAGCAACACGAUACAAUUAUACCAGUGAGGAGAAAUUUGCUUUGGUCGAGGUUAUUGCUAUGAUUAAAGGCCUUCAGGUGCUGAUGGGCAGGAUGGAAAGUGUCUUUAACCAUGCGAUCCGCCAUACCAUUUAUGCUGCUCUUCAGGACUUCUCCCAAGUCACACUUAGAGAACCAUUAAGACAGGCCAUCAAAAAGAAGAAAAAUGUCAUUCAGAGUGUUCUUCAGGCCAUUAGAAAGACAGUUUGUGAUUGGGAAGCAGGACAUGAGCCAUUUAAUGACCCAGCAUUAAGAGGAGAAAAAGACCCCAAAAGUGGUUUCGACAUCAAAGUUCCAAGGCGAGCAGUUGGACCCUCUAGUACCCAGCUCUACAUGGUUCGCACUAUGACAGAGUCCUUAAACUCUGCUGAGCUGUUGAAGCAGCUCAAGUCUCUGGGAAUGGAAAAGCUAUUGCAUGUGGCAAACAAGUUUCUGAGGCAGUCCUACAUCUAUCCACCUCUUUUAAACUUUGGUGGUAAGACAUUGCUUAUUAUUUUAAUUUUGUGGUGUGUGAACUGUUCCACUGCAAAUUGUCUAUUUUACAUAUUACUGGAGACUCCCGUAACUUGGUUGGACUAUAACAGUUUCCUUUCUCCUUUAGGAGAAAGGCACUGCUUUUGUCCCAAUGGUUUCAGUUUACAGUGGAGCAGUCGCUUUCUGAUUAGUAUUUCUCAGUGUUACUUGACUAAUGUACCGUGUGUAUUUUCCUUUUUUUUUCCCCUUCCACCACGUAUUUUUCCUUUAAUGAUACAGCUUUACAUGGUGAGAACUAUGUUAGAGUCCCUCAUUGCUGACAAAAGUGGUUCCAAGAAAACCUUGAGAAGUAGCCUUGAGGGGCCCACCAUAUUGGACAUAGAAAAAUUUCAUCGCGAGUCUUUCUUCUACACUCAUUUGAUAAAUUUCAGUGAAACUCUGCAGCAGUGCUGUGACCUGUCCCAGUUGUGGUUCAGAGAGUUCUUCUUAGAGUUGACCAUGGGCAGAAGAAUCCAGUUCCCUAUUGAAAUGUCAAUGCCUUGGAUUCUGACUGACCAUAUUCUGGAGACCAAAGAGGCAUCAAUGAUGGAGUAUGUUCUCUAUUCUUUGGAUCUUUACAAUGAUAGUGCUCAUUAUGCAUUAACUAAAUUUAAGAAGCAGUUCCUGUAUGAUGAAAUUGAGGCAGAGGUAAACUUGUGUUUUGACCAAUUUGUCUACAAGCUGGCGGACCAGAUAUUUGCAUACUACAAAAUUAUAGCAGGAGGUCUGCUUCUGGAUAAGCGAUUACGCUCAGAGUGCAAGAAUCAGGGGGCAUCAAUUCACUUGCCAUCGUCCAACAGAUAUGAAACCCUGCUGAAACAGAGACAUGUCCAGCUUCUUGGUAGGUCAAUAGACCUCAACCGCCUAAUCACUCAGCGGAUUUCAGCAGCCAUGUAUAAGUCAUUGGAGCUGGCAAUUGGACGAUUUGAAAGUGAGGACUUAACCUCCAUUGUAGAGCUAGAUGGCUUGAUAGAGAUCAACAAAAUGACGCAUAAACUACUGAGUAGAUACAUGACCUUGGACAGCUUUGACGCCAUGUUCAGAGAAGCCAAUCACAAUGUGUCGGCUCCCUAUGGAAGAAUCACUCUUCAUGUCUUCUGGGAACUCAACUAUGAUUUCCUUCCAAACUACUGCUACAAUGGGUCCACUAACAGAUUUGUUCGGACUGUGCUACCCUUUUCUCAGGAGUUUCAGAGAGAUAAGCAGCCUAAUGCACAGCCCCAAUAUCUCUGUGGAUCAAAGGCAUUGAAUUUGGCUUAUUCCAGCAUUUAUAGCAACUACAGGAAUUUUGUUGGGCCCCCACACUUCAAAGUCAUCUGCCGGCUUUUGGGAUACCAAGGCAUUGCUGUGGUAAUGGAGGAGUUGCUGAAAGUCGUCAAGAGCCUGCUGCAAGGUACGAUUCUUCAGUAUGUGAAGACCUUAAUGGAAGUGAUGCCUAAGAUCUGUAGGUUGCCCAGGCAUGAGUAUGGCUCUCCAGGUAUCCUGGAAUUUUUCCACCAUCAGCUGAAGGACAUUGUUGAAUAUGCAGAACUGAAGACAGUGUGUUUCCAGAAUUUGCGGGAGGUGGGAAAUGCUGUGCUUUUCUGUCUGCUCAUUGAACAGAGCCUGUCCCUGGAGGAAGUGUGCGACCUGCUGCAUGCUGCACCAUUUCAGAACAUACUGCCAAGGAUUCAUGUCAAAGAGGGUGAAAGACUUGAUGCUAAAAUGAAGAGACUAGAAUCAAAAUAUGCUCCACUCCACCUUGUUCCUCUGAUUGAAAGACUAGGAACACCACAGCAAAUUGCAAUAGCCAGGGAAGGAGACUUGCUGACCAAGGAACGUCUGUGCUGCGGUCUAUCAAUGUUUGAGGUCAUCUUAACUAGGAUUCGGUCCUUCCUGGAUGACCCAAUCUGGUGUGGGCCCCUGCCCAGCAAUGGAGUAAUGCACGUGGAUGAGUGUGUGGAAUUUCACCGUCUCUGGAGCGCGAUGCAGUUUGUGUACUGUAUUCCUGUGGGAACGCACGAGUUCACUGUGGAACAGUGCUUUGGAGAUGGAUUGCACUGGGCUGGAUGUAUGAUCAUUGUGCUUUUGGGACAGCAGCGUCGCUUUGAUGUGCUGGAUUUCUGCUACCACUUACUGAAAGUACAAAAGCAUGACGGCAAAGAUGAGGUCAUCAAGAAUGUGCCUCUGAAGAAAAUGGUUGAGAGAAUCCGCAAGUUCCAGAUCCUGAAUGAUGAGAUAAUUGCUAUUUUGGACAAGUAUUUGAAGUCUGGUGAUGGAGAGAGUACACCAGUGGAACAUGUGCGUUGUUUCCAGCCACCUAUUCAUCAGUCCCUGGCCAGUAACUAAGUGUGGAUAGACCAUCCUGCUUCUUAUGUUAGCUACCAUACUUUUGCACCUAGUUAAGUUAUAAGUUUAAAAGAAAAAUGGUUUUAAGGAGCAUCUUCAUCUGCAGUAAGGCCUGUGCUAUUUGAAUGGCCAGUGCUUUUCCUCUUUAAGUCUCCAAGCACAAUAACUGUAUACAAUCAUACUUAUUUUUCUAGACUAAAAUUUUAUACUUUGAUAAAGGAUCUGCAAAUGAAAAAAGGCUUGUCUGACAGAACUCUUUGCAUCCUCUCAUUUGAUGCAAAUUUUUUCCUCAGCUGUCCCCAUAUUUAGCUAUGGAGGGUGAAAAAUCCAUGGGUUUUAUUAGAAACAUUUAUAAUUGUGUAUUUUAGAAAAGCAUUAAUUGCUUGGUUAGCCUUUAUAAACUGAGGUUCCUGCUGAUGUUUUGUGAAUAUUUUUAAUCAGUUGAUUUCUUUUGGCAGAACUAAACAACCCCAUAUAAUCAGUAAUUAUGGAAAUAAAGGCUAAUUAAGCCAUCCUUUUUAAACAGUAAUUCUCUAACAUGGAGGUGGCUGAUAAUACUCUGCUUAAAAAAAUAGUAAUUCACAUUAUAGAAAAUUUGGGUCUGUUCAUCAUAUAUCAAGUUUUUGUUAAGAAGAGCAAUUUUCUGAGAGAUGCUUAAGAAUCAAAACAACAUGUUGUUUCCAUGCUGGUGCUAGGGAAUUCCUGUUUUAAAAGAUGCUUCUAUACACUGAACCUAUCUCAACUCAAUACAUGAGCUGUAAUGAAACUAAAUUGCAACUUACAGAGAAUAUUUAAGUUUUGUUAUACCUUUGUAUUUUUGUGAAACAUGCCUCAGUAAAAUAGUUUGUAAAAUGUG